CGUGGCAACUAGUUGACAUUUCUUGAUGUCAAUUGGGGAAGCUAGCAGAAUGUCAAAUUUAUAUUUAUACGUUUUUGUGUCAGUACAAAGCAAUUUUUUCACACCGUGAUUUAAAUCAGUAACCAAAAAGCUAAUCGGGCACCAUGACGUUCGGCGCGAUUCUGGACACCUCCAUGGAUCCCAUGGAGGAGACCCGAUUCAAGAAGAAGCACCAGGUCCAGAUCUUGCGCCUCGCCAAAAAAUCUCAUUUUAACGUGAUGGAAGUCGAAACGUUGCUCAUUAUUUACUACAAGCUGCAAAAGGACGGACCGGAAAAGCAGCAGGGCGUCAACAAGAAUCAGUUUCGUGAUUUCUUGCACAUGUGUCUGGACAUGACCGACGAUAAUUUGAUGGACAGGAUCUUCUUGGCGAUAGACAAAGGUCCCGUUCAAUACCUGUCGAUGGAGACGUGGAUCAUGACUUUGUCGCUGUUUCUGAGAGGCACUCUGGAGGAACACAUCAAUUAUUGUUUCAGUGUUUAUGACAUGAUGGGCGAGGGCAUUAUUGGUAGAGAAACCAUGUUUAACUUGCUUAAAAGCGCCGUGGUUGGACAGAGCGAAGAAGAUUCGGAAGAAGCCGCCAAGGAUUUGCUCGAGGUGAUUACCAAAAAGAUGGAUAUCGACAGAGACGGAAAAAUUUCUUUCAACGAUUACAAACAGUCGGUCUUGAACAAUCCGGCACUAUUGGAAGUAUUCGGUUACUGUCUGCCAUCGCGGUUAUCAGUUAUAGCAUUCCUGACUACGUUUACUAAUAGAAUUUAAAAUUAUUUUACCUGGUCUAGGAAAAAUUUCUCGAACAUAUUAUCGACGAUGGACGCCUUUAACAUUUUCUUCUGCUCCUUUUCAGCUCGCCUAAAGAGAAAAAAUGCUAUACCAAUAUACUUUGGAACAUUUCAAUCAUUUUGUAAAAAUGCAUGGAACAAUAAAAACUAAAUGUUUCCAACAAUCAA